AUGCAGAGCAUUGGCUUCAUCCUGGUCCUGGCCCUGGCCCUGGCCAUGGGGACCCUCAGCAUCCCUUUAAAUGACAAGUGCUCCCUGCUCGGGCGGUGGCAGAACGACCUGGACUCUGAAAUGAACGUCUUAGCUGUAAACAACGUUGGGAAAAUCUUCGGCACGUACCUCACCCAAGUCUCCAGCGCAGACAAGCUGAUCAGUGUGUCCCCCCUGAGGGGCAGCCAGCAGAUAGGAAACUUGGAGCAGCCAACGUUCGGGCUCACCGUCACCUGGUCGUUCACCACACCCACAAUCUUGACCACCGUCUUCGUGGGCCAGUGCUUUGUGGACGAGAACGGGAAGGAGGUGCUGCAGACCAUGCGGCUGCUGCGGAAGAAGGUUGGCUCCAGCCAGGACAACUGGAACGCGACCCUGUGA